AUGGGAAAAAAUAUCUCAGAGAAUCUGACUUCACCUAAUCAUCAAACAAUCAAAUUCGAUGAGAUUGAGGGAAAAAACAUCAAUUUUUCAUCGGUGAAAACUGAAGUUGAAGAAGAGGAAAAAAAUGAAAAGUAUUUGGGUUUGUUUGAGGGGUCACCCGAUCGGAUCGAAUCUGCUCAAACAAUUGUCACUAGUGCUGAUUCAAAUUCAAUUGGCUAUAUUGUUUCUUCAGAUAGAAGUGGGUACUCAUAUUCCGAUGGAGAUAAAUGGUCUCCUUUAAAAGGUGAGCCUAGUUCUUUAAUUGGGGCCAUUUGUUCAAGUGAGCUGGAGAAUUUUGAAAAGAUAGUUGCGGAAGAAAGUAAGCUUAUUGAGUAUAAACCUUUUAAUAUAACGGGCAUUGGCAUGUGUAACUUAGGCAACACAUGCUUUUUAAAUGUGAUUGUCCAAUCUUUUAUGCACACCGUUGUGUUGCUUCAGCUUCUCAGAUCGAUCGAUCAUGUAUCUCCAUGUCUAACUUAUGAUUACGAAUUUUGUGUGGUGUGCAUCAUCAGAGAGCUUAUUGACAUUUCUAUAUUUUAUGGGAGAUUUUUUGUCUGGCCGACGAAAAUUGUUAGCCAAUUGAGAAAUUUUUCGUCACACUUCAAUGUGAACAAACAAGAAGAUGCACACGAAUUCCUACAGUGUUUUCUCAAUAAACUUGAAAUUUGUUGUAACUACUUAGACACAAAAGAAAACAUUGUAAAGGAGGCCUUUGGUGGUCGCCUUGUGAGCAAGCUCCGUUGUUGCAAUUGUGGUUAUUCAUCUAUCACACGCGAGCCUCUAAUCGAUUUAAGCUUGGAGAUUGAGGACGUUGAUAGUGUAUCAGCCGCAAUGGAAUCUUUCACUAAAAUCGAGAAAAUUGAGUUCUCUUGUGAAAGGUGCAAGACACAAGGGCCAUUUGAGAAGCAGCUCCUCGUUGAUCAUUCCCCUAAUGUUGUUGUCCUACAUUUGAAGCGAUUCAAAUAUAAUGGUUUAGUUGUUCAAAAGGUGGAAAAGCAUGUUUCAUUUUCUCUAGAAUUGGACAUGCUUCUUUAUAGCAACGACAUCAAUAAUGAAGAAAUUAAAUACGAUCUCUACGCAGUUAUAGUGCAUUCUGGACCUUCAAUCUCUUCAGGACACUAUUACAACUUUAUUCGUUGUGCUCCAAAUGAAUGGUACAAAUUUGAUGACGAGAAGGUUGAUUAUGUUCAAGAAGAUCUUGUUUUGGCAGAGCAAGCAUACAUUUUAUUUUAUACAAAGAGGGGUACUGCAUGGUUUUCAGACUAUAUUCAAAGCCACAGACCCUUUGUAUGUCUUGUUAACCCCACAACUACCAAUGAUGCUAAUGAUCCAACUCUAAUGCCUGAAGUGAACAAUGUAGAGGAUAAUGAUUCCCAUGUAUUAACAGAUCAAGUUUAUUGCGAAGAUCAAUUGCAAGACGUCAAAAUAAAGCAGGAUGAAAAAUUGAAGGAUGCAUUGAAUUGUGGCUCGCAUGGAACCUCUGUGAACGAAAUGAAAAGGAAGCUGAAAGAUUGA